AUGCCCAACUUGCGAAUCCUCGCUCGGGAUUACCCUCAACGUUCCAUUGCCUUGGUGGCAGCUGAAAAUGCGUUGAUCUUCCAAUACAGCUCAGCCGGUUCUGUUGAAGGAAAUCUGCCCUAUAAUAAUGGUAAAUAUCGUUGCUCAGUCGAGUUCUCGACCGUCUCACCCGCAACUUUGAAGGGUUACCGGACCCUGGGAGGCGGAUACGGCACUCUCGGUCUGAUUACCCUAGAUGAAGAUAUCUUCAUCUGUGCUAUAACCGGUGCUUCUAAGGCUGCAACAGCAAGGCCUGGUGAGACAAUUUCGAGAAUAGAUAAUGUGGACUUUUGUGUGUAG